UAGACUGUUAGAAUUAUUCCCAAGGGCAUAUUCUGUCAACAAAUUUCCGCAUUUUCUACCUCGAUUCUCUCUGUGUUCCUUGUUACCACCUUCCUCUUGUAAUCUAAUCUUGAAGAUCUCCAAUUCUCUACUUCUGUAUUUAUGCAAAUCCCAUCUUCACAAUCGCUUCUUUCUGUUCAAUUUUUGUCCUAAAAUUAAUUUCUUUUGUAUAUAACUGCAUAAAAAUUUCAUCUUUUCACUACCAAUCUCAAAUGAAAAUAUUAGAUGGCAAUCUCUUAGUCCACAAAGCCAGAUCAGUUAAAUUAAGUUGUUUUUUAUACCCAUCUCGAAAUUUCCCCCGGGUAAGCUAAUUCAAUACCCUUUGUUUAUUUUCACAAGUGGGUAGCUGAGUUUUUUUCCCCUUUUUUCCACGACUUUUUUUUUUCUUUCUUCCCUUUGGCUUACUAGUUUUGGUAAUUAAAUUAUGAAUUCAAGAAAUGGGAUUUUACCUGAUGAAAUUGUUCUUCAAAUCCUUGCAAGAUUACCUGUUAAGUCACUUUUUAGAGCCAAAACUGUAUGUAAACUUUGGUACAGGUUGUCAUUAGAUAAGUAUUUUAUCCAACUUUACAAUGAAGUUGCUGCUAGGAACCCAAUGGUAUUGGUAGAAAUCUCUGAUUCAUCGGAGUCAAAAUCUAGCUUAUUAUGUAUAGAUAAUUUGAGGGGUGUAUCUGAAUUCUCCUUAGAUUUCUUGAAAGAUAGAGUGAAAGUUAGGGCAUCUUGUAAUGGCCUCUUAUGUUGCUCUAGUAUCCCUGAUAAGGGUGUUUACUAUGUUUGCAAUCCAAUGACGAGGGAAUUUAAGUUGCUUCCUAGAAGUAGGGAAAGACCUGUGACUAGGUUUUAUCCUGAUGGUGAAGCAACUUUAGUUGGUAUAGCCUGCAACUUAUCAAUGCAAAAGUUCAAUGUUGUGCUAGCUGGUUAUCAUCGUACCUUUGGUCAUAGGUCAGAUGGGACAUUUAUAUGCUUGGUAUUUGAUUCGGAUACGAAUAAAUGGAGGAAAUUUGUUUCGUUUCAAGAUGAUCAUUUUACACAUAUGAAUAGGAACCAGGUUGUGUUUGUCAAUGGUGCGCUACAUUGGUUGACUAUUAGUUGUUCAUGUAUACUUGCACUUUAUUUGGAUUGUGAUGUUUGGAAGAAGAUUUUAUUGCCGGACGAAGUCAGUUAUGGAGCUGGAAAUAGGGUGUAUUUGUUGGAGUCAGAUGGAUGUUUGUCUGUGAUACAGAUCUCAGAGGCAUGGAUGACAAUAUGGGUGAUGGACUAUGAGACUGAAGAGUGGCAUAUGGUGGAUAGGGUGAGCUUGAGAUGCAUUAGGGGAAUGGUGCCCGGUAUUUUCCCAAUAAGUCAGACUGGUGAAUGUGUAUUCUUGGCAACCCAUAAGCAGAUUUUGGUGUACCAUCGCAGGAGUAGGGUGUGGAAAGAGAUGUAUUCUGCGAAAAACAGCUCUACAUUGCCAUUGUGGUUUUCAGCACAUGCUUUUCGGAGCACUAUCUUCUCUUGUAAUUAAGUAAUGAUGUACGUUCAACAAGGUUCCUGUACAGAAAUUUAUUGUUGCUGCUUGUUCAUAUUGCUGCUUAUUUGGACUAUCCUUAUCAAUUUAAAUGUUUAUGAUUUUCAUAGUCA